AUGCUGACGAGUAGGUUCCCUGAGCAGGAUGGCAGGGUGAGCGAAACAGGAUUGGCGCCGAAGCUGGUCGGCAUAAGCAGCAUUUACUCGUACUCGAAGCCAGGCGACGGAGGCAGCACCAGCUCGUCCUCAGAGCCGGGCGGCGGAGGCGGCACCAGCUCGUCCUUGGAGCUGGGCGCCGGAGGUGGCACCGGCUCGUCCUUGGAGCCGGGCGCCGGAGGUGGCACCAGCUUGCCCUUGGAGCCGGGCGAUGGCGGAAGUGCAACGUCGUCAAAGCCGGGCAACGGAGGCAGCACUGGAUCGUCUUCAAAGCCAGGCGGGGCCUCAACUGAGGAUCUCUACAGUCUCUGUGUGAGUGCUCCUCUCGCUCCAGGCUACUCCAACUUGUUUCGCCGUAGGCCCUCACCAGACAUGGAAGUGUUCAUUCCAGAAUUGUUUGAAAAAUGUGCUGAGGAUAAGACUACAGAUGAGUAUAGGUUUCUGUGCCCUCAUGCUGGUCAGUUUAUGUGCAAAUUGACAAAACUUAUGUUUGAGAUGGAAGAAGAAGGGGAAGUGCUGUACAAAAUAGUGUCCUGGGACAACUGUCCGUUGGAUGGAUUGGGUCAAAAGGAGCCUGCAGGACCUCUGUACAGUAUCAACUGCCAUGAAGGUUUAAUCAAGUAUCUGCAUCUUCCCCAUUGUGAGACCCGUACAUAUGUAAAGUUCCAGGAUGAUGUGAAACUGACUGUGGCUCAUGUGACUGGUGGUAAUGUGGAGAUCAUUCAGCCACUAAAAGUAACAAACACACAUGUCAUCAUAGACGUUCACAGUCUCUCCCUGUUUGGUCUCUUAAGAGCACUGAUAUUUCAAGCUUAUCCUAUCGAAGCCCAAGUUCUACUGUUCUAUAAAAAGCUAAAUAGUAAGCACAGGAUGAAUAAACUUCACAUGCACCUUUUGCCAGGCAACAUACCGGUUGACGAGGUACGAAAACAGCAUGAGUCCAACACAUACAUUGAAACGAGCGCCACAUGUGAACUGAGCCCUGGCAAUAAAUACUGGCCUUUUUCUAAAAAUACUGACCUAGAGAUUACAAUCCAACCAGAGUUUGAGAAGUUUAAGCGUGACUAUGGCCCCAACUAUCACCCUACAUUCGAGGUGUUUUUAAAUACAGAUAUUGUUAAAAUCACUUUGUGUCUUUUGGAUGAAGAUAAGAAGGAGGUGUGGUCUCGUCUGGUCUUGAUUACAGAUACAGAGGCAGCCUCACCCAAAUUAGAUGCAACAGGUGCUAACUUUAUGGAUCAUCACAGAGAAAUGCUGAUUCAGAAAGUUUCAUCAGUAGUGGAGAUAGCUGACUGUCUAAAGAGCAAAGACAUGAUAAGUGAUGAAAUGUACAAUAAAAUUAAUGUACCAUCAUUAACCUCGCAACAGCAAAUGAGAGAUUUGUAUAGGGUUCUCAACUCAGGAGGAAAAGCUGUGAAAGAAGAAGUCUACAAAAUACUUAGAAACAAAAUGCCAGGCCUAGUGGAUGAUUUGGAGUCUGGUUCGACAUAG